AUGGACUAUUUUUCUCGCUACCCUAGAUUGCUCAUACACCUUGACUCGAUUCUAGCAUCAUUUAGGCUAUUUAAUAGCCCAGAAGUUCUGAAAAUUCAAGAGGCCUGGCUGUCGCCUCAUUUUCUAGCAUCUGUUUGGCCUAAUGGUCUUACAGUAUCAAGCACAGGAAGAGAUAAAACACAAUGAAUGAAAGAUGCUGAGUGGCCUUGCCAUUUCUUGCCUAUCAGAGAUAGAUCAUGUACAAAAACUUAA